ACCACGGAAAUUUAUUUUCCCCUCCAUCCCAGUUAGGUUUCCGAGUUCGUGUGAUUCUUUCAGCUCGCAAUCAUGGCUAUGCAAGCUGCUCUGGGUUCUCGGGUCCUGCUAAUCGCCGGAGCAGCUUGUUUGCGUUUCUGUUUGGUGAUUUUGGAAGAGAAGUGACGGCUGCUACGUUUUUGUUUGUGUCAGGCUCUAGUGAAGGGAAUUGAGAAAGGGGAUUCGGAUGGCGAGACAGGUCAGGCGGAUGUGCUCUCGCAGCAGGUGCGUCUAUUGGCACAACAAGUCCGACAACUCACUUCGGCGCGGCACAUAACGGUUCUGAAUACUGGUCAAUCAGGUAAUUUUACUGGUUAUAUUAUUCCAGCAGCUACAGUGGGAGCAGUAGGAUAUGGUUAUAUAUGGUGGAAGGGUUGGAAACUUUCAGAUCUUAUGUAUGUGACAAAGCAGAGUAUGACAGCUGCUGUUUCGAACUUGACAAAGCAUCUGGAGGGCGUAACUGAUGCUUUGGCUAAAGCAAAGGAACACUUAACACAGCGCAUUCAGGGUUUGGAUGAUAAGAUGGAUAAGCAGAAUGAGCUGUCUCGGAAAAUUGAAAGUGAUGUCAAUGCUAUCAACGACAACAUUCUGUUGCUUGAUUCUGGAAUGGCGAGUUUGAUAAAUUAUGUUAGCGUGCAGGAUGAGAAGCUGGAUUCACUGGAGGGCAAACAGAGUCGAGCUAAUCUUGGUAUUCAGUACCUCUGCAACUUCGUCCAGGGAAAGAAAGUGAAAAUGCCCGAGGCCCUGGAGGAAGAGUUUUUGCCAAGUAGAACUCGUUCAAUCACAUUCCAUGAUGCUUCAGGUCCCAUGGGUCUUAAGGCGCUGGACUGCUUUUCGCGAUCUACAAGUGUUCCUCCGGUAACUGACGGCGUCCAACUGAAUGGAGAAGAGCCGCAGACCCCUUCACGUCCUCUAUUGAGGUAUAACUCAGCUAAGGUUUGAUCAAGAGGCUACACAACAUGCUGGUUGUAAGACUACGUAAUAGCUAAAAUAAAAGAUGGAAAAUACUGACUGCAAAGUGUUUUCUUUAUCUAAAAGAGUUGGUUUUGCGCCUACUUAAUUCAUUGGUUGUUUGAAGUGUUGUAGCUUUCGGAUGUAUGUUGUUUUAGUACUGUUUCAGACAUGGUUGGGUUGUGAUCUGGGAAGUUACCCAUCUAGUAUUGCUUAUAUAUAUGACAGAAGUUGCAUAGCUAAGGCUUUUCGUAAUCUUACGUAUGUGAACAAUGCGGAUGGGAGAAAGGGAAAGAAAAAGGACGAAGAACGCAAUGUAAUUUAAAGAUAUUGUGUAGGCUAAUUAAUCUGAACCGCAGGAUGAAAUUCAACUCG